GGGUGGGGGGGCGGGUGCUGUCGGGUGAGGGAGCGGGCGCCGUCGGAGGGUCGGCGCUGAGGGAAAGGGGCUUUGUCGGAGGGUGAGGGAGCGGGCGCCGUCGGAGGGUCGGCGCUGAGGGAGCAGGGUGCUGUCGGAGGGUGAGGGAGCGGGUGCUGUCGGAGGGUGAGGGAACGGGCACCAGAGGGUCAGCGCUGAGGGAGCGGGGCGCUGUCGGAGGGUGAGGGAGCGGGCACCGGAGGGUCAGCGCUGAGGGAGCGGGCGCCGUUGGAGGCUCAGUUGACAGGUGAAGCUGCUACCACUGGCCCUGAGGUACUCGGAGUGCUGGGUGGCGCUAGGUGAAUGCAGCUGCUUUUCCAGCCGUGCUAACCGCUCUCCCCUUUCCCCCCCGGCAGAUUUCGUGCAGGUUUUUGACAUCCUCAUCUCAGCCGAAGGCAGUAACUCCUCGUUUCACCCGGAGAUCCUGUUCCUGAACGGGUCCGGCUUCACCCUUGCCAAAGUCGGUGACGCUGCCACCCUGUACUGCCACAUCAUGUUGCUAGGCGACUCAGCUGAGCCACGCUAUGCCGUGCGCUGGGAGGCGAGUCGCUACGGUGAGCUGACGGUGGCCCAGUUUGAUCAGAGCCAGGACGAAGGGCCCUUCAUCCAUCCUGCCUACCGAGACAGGCUCAGCUUGGUCUCCAAUGGCCCCGAAAGCCUGCUGCACUUUGACCCUGUCCAGGAGCAGGACUUUGGAGAAUACCUCUGCAAGGGGCAAGUGGUGGGCCAGGAGGGUGAGACCUUCACCUCGCUGUCUGUCCUGGCCGAGGACACGCGGCUGGAACUGGAGCCCACCACCUCCGACAGUGCCAACCACACCCUGAUGUCCCUGAGCAGCUCGGGCAGGGUGAGGGCGCGGCUGGGAGCCCCCGCCCAGCUGGAGUGCCGGAUGGAGGCUGGCGAUGCCAACAGCUACGCCGUGCAGUGGGAGACCGCCCGGGGGGGUGUGGUUGUCUCCCGGGUGGACCAGGGUGAGCCAGCGGCCAACUACCUGAACCCCAGCUACAGGCAGCAACUCAGCGUCAGCCUCCUGGACGGGACCACGCGCCUCAGUUUCCACUCUGUGCGCCAGGAGGACUUUGGAGAAUAUGCCUGCAAUGCUUGGCUCUCUGGGCACCCGGAGCACACAGUCACUGCAUACACCACACUGGAGGAAGAACCCCUCUCUGUAGACCCAGUGGCAGAGACCCCGGUCCCCCCGGUGCCCGGUAGCCGUGCCCCGCAGCGCCAGACACCCAGCGCCCGGGUCGUGGCCCUCACCACGUCCGGGAGGGUGACUGCCCGCCUGGGCUCCCCUGCCACGCUGAGCUGCCAGGUGAUAGCAGUGAACGCCAAGCCAGAGACCCGGUACCGCCUGGCCUGGGCCUCCCAGCGCCACCCCAACGUGACGCUGGCGCAGAUCGACCAGGGGAGGGGGAACGCGGCCUGGGUCCACCCCAGCUACCGGGAUCGCCUCAGCCUGAUGGCCAAUGGGGGCUCCAGCCGGCUCCGCUUUGGCACCGUCACCGACGAGGACCCCGGCGAAUACGUCUGCAAGGCCGGCAUCUCGGGCAGCGGCACCGACGACCUGACCUCACCCGUCCUCCUGCUCAAAGCCAAACAGAGGAUUCUGCCGGCCUCAUCAGAAACUGCGAUCCUGUGGCUCAUCCUGCAUUUCUUUGUUGUCCUGUUUGCUAUGGCAAUUGGCAUUGGCUCCUGCUUCCUAUCGGGAACGAAGAAUCGAAUCCUGCCAGAGCACGUGUGAAGCACCCAGCACUGGGAGGGGUGGGGGGCCGCAGACUCGCCUGAGCCAGAAAUUGAUGUUUGUUUUGUGAUUUUGUUUUUUUUACAAGAAAAUAGCCAAAGUACUUAGUCAUAAUAAAGAAUCAAACCAUUGAAA